AUGCUCAGUGCCGGCGGCCGGGCCGCCGCUGGCUCGGGUGCUCGACCAGCCCGCGGCCGCUGUCAGGCGGGGAGGCGGGAGGUGCCGCACGGUGUGGCUGUGGCAGGCGGGCGCUCCGUCCCCAUGGGCAGCCGGGCGGCGGACGGCGCGGGCAGCGAGCGGCCCCCAGGAAUCAAGAAGGUUUACCAGAGAACAGCUAUUUACGCUGGCUGCGACAGCUUCUUUAAACUUCAGUUCAAUGAUAUCCUACUCAAUCCUGGGACCCUUUUUCCCUUCAGAGGCAGAAAAAAAGGUGCCAGUAACACCAUUGUUGGCCUGAUUUUUGGAUGUUUUGCUUUGUUCAAUUUCUUGUCUUCUUUAAUCUUGGGAAAUUAUCUUACACACAUUGGAGCAAAAUUCAUGUUUGUGGCAGGGAUAUUUGUUUCAGGAUGUGUGACCAUUCUGUUUGGAAUGCUGGACAAGGUGCCGAGUGGACCAAUGUUCAUUGGUUUUUGCUUUUUAGUAAGAGCAAUUGAUGCAAUAAGUUUUGCAGCAGCAAUGACAGCAUCGUUUUCAAUCCUUGCAAAGGCGUUUCCCACUAACAUAGCUACUGUCCUGGGCAGCCUUGAAAUUUUUUCAGGACUCGGACUGGUGCUGGGCCCACCUUUAGGUGGUUUUUAUCAAUCAUUUGGUUAUGAGGUCCCUUUCAUUAUUCUGGGAUGUAUAGUGUUGGUUUUCGUGCCUAUGAAUAUGUGCAUAUUACCAAAAUACGAUUCAAUCCCUAGCAAGGAAUCCUUCUGGAAGCUUAUACGUCUACCAAAAGUCUUAGUACUCUGUCUCACUAUAUUUUCUCUAAGUGCAUGUUUGGGCUUUUUGGAUCCCACAAUGUCUCUGUUUAUUCUAAAGAAGUUCAAGCUCCCAGCUGGUUAUGUGGGCUUGGUGUUCCUUGGUUUGGCACUCUCAUACUCCUUGUCUUCUCCUCUCCUUGGACUUGUAAGCGACAAACUGCCAUACAUCAGGAAGUGGCUGCUGAUAGCUGGAGGCUUACUGACAGCACUGUCCUUUUUCAUGUUAGGACCUGCUCCAGUGUUGCACAUUGAAAGUCAGCUGUGGAUGUUUGUGCUAGUGCUGGUUUUGAUUGGCUUUUCCAUUGGCAUGAGUGCUAUUCCAGUGUUUCCAGAGAUACUGCAAUGUGCAUAUGAGAAUGGAUUUGAAGAAGGUCUUAGUCUGCUGGGACUGGUGUCUGGACUCUUCAAUGCCAUGUGGUCCCUUGGAGCAUUUGCAGGUCCCAUUCUGGGAGGAUCUAAUGAAAAGCUGGGUUUUGAAUGGGCCGCAGCCAUCCAGGGAGGAUGGACACUGUUAAGUGGCCUUGCUACUGGAUUUCUAUAUCAUUGAGGCAACAAGGAAAAGUUCCACCUGCAAAAUUCCUGGUAAAUUGGACUCCGAACUCAUCUCAUGGCAGUGAAACAUAACCAUACAACUUUUAAUUCUCUGUUUACUAUUGUGUGUUAACC